GCGGGCGGAGCAGCAGCGUGAAGCGGCCCUGUGUGGUGUUAUUAGAGAGCAGCUCAGACACGGCGCAGAUUACUGAUCCAUGUAAUACACUCUUAAAACUACAACUCUGGAAAAAUAACACACCUGAUUUCUUGUUUGAUAGAAAAAAACACAUCUUGCUGAAUUAUUCUUAAAACCAAGAGAACAAACAUGAGCGGAGGAGGAACACCGUACAUUGGCAGCAAAAUUAGCCUCAUCUCCAAGGCCGAGAUACGCUACGAAGGAAUUUUGUACACCAUUGACACUGAAAAUUCGACAGUAGCUCUUGCUAAAGUUCGCUCUUUUGGCACUGAAGAUCGGCCCACCGACCGGCCUAUUCCACCUCGGGAGGAAGUGUUUGAGUAUAUCAUCUUUAGAGGGAGUGAUAUAAAAGACCUGACAGUUUGUGAGCCACCCAAAGCCACUAGCUCCCUGCCUCAGGACCCUGCAAUAGUUCAAUCAUCAAUUGGAUCCAGCAAUGCUGCUUCAGCAUCAUCAUUCCAGUCUGCUGGAUCCUAUGCUCCUUUCAGCAGGGCCCCUGUUCCACCAUACAGCCAGUUUGGUGUUGCACCACUUGCAGCUCAGCAGUUUGGAUCUGCUGCAGUAGCUGGACACAGUACUCCUCAGCUGGACUCUUUAACAAAAAGUUCCACUCCUGCAUCAGCUGCCCCGGCUCCACCUGCACCUGUAGGACAGAGGAGCCAGGUAGCCGCAGCGGCAGCUCAGAGACCAACCAGCACCUCCACUGGCACUGGCAGCCAGAAGCCUCCUCCAGACCUCCUGGAGCAAAGAAAAGCUCCUGAGAUUCAGAAAGUGUCACAGCCAGAUCAUGAACAUGGUGCUGUUGAAAACCGUGACCCAAACAAGCAUCAGGCUGCUGGUGCUCAGUUUAUCCGCCGUGGCCGUGGAAGAGGAAACCGCAGCAGAGGCAGAGUGAAUGUGCGCCGGGAUGGCACCAUGAAGUUUGAAGAAGACUUUGACUUUGAGACUGCCAAUGCCCAGUUCCACAAAGAUGAGAUUGACAAAGAGCUUCAGACCAAGCUCAAACUGAAAGAUGACAAGACUGAAAAGGCUGUGAAUGGUGAAGAAACAACUGACUCAGAACAUCCAGUUACUGAGGGGACCACUGAGGAGGAAGAGGCUGUCAUAAACACGUGUUACUAUGACAAGACCAAGUCCUUCUUUGAUAAUCUGUCCUGCAAUGACUCGAACAAUGCGGGUGAAAGAGGAUUUUCAAGGGAUCGGAGGUCAAACUGGGCAGAGGAGAGACGAAUGAAUUCUGAGACAUUUGGCAUCCCUCUGAGGCACAACCGAGGAAGAGGCGGUUUCCGUGGUCGAGGCUUCAUGGGGCCUCGUGGAGGCAGAGGACGGUCAUCUAGCAGAGGCUCCUUUGGACCACCUCGUGGUGCCCCGCCUGGUUUCAGAGGCGGAUUCAGAGGUGGCAGAGGAGGCCGUGAAUUCUCUGAUUUUGAAUACGUGAAGGACAACAAGGUGGCUGCAUAGUACUGCAGCAACGGGUCCACCAACAUUUGAAGCCCCUCAUCAUGAAAAUACUCCAGUUCCAGAAAACUUGUUUGGCCUCGACAUUUGACAGUAAGAAUGAAGACGUGCUCUCAGUCAGCAGCAGCAGGGUUGACUGCUCGACAUCAGGGAGUGCAACUCCCUCUCUCCACUUUGAGAAUGAUGAUUUUUGUUUUGAUUUUUGCCCCAGAUGUUUUGUUUGAUAAACAACCACCAGAUGGACAAGAACUCAUGUAAAUACCUUGCUUUGGAGUAAUUCUGUAUUUUUGCAUCAAUCAAGUUAAUUUCUUACUGAAGUUGUCUUUGAUAUUGAAAGCUGUAUGCAGAGAGCUCACUGAUACUGUGAGUAGAACACAGUUCAUGUGAUCAAUAGCUUUAUUUUUUAUUUGAUUUCAUCUUUUUGAUAUUAUGAUGUAUAGGCACCAAAAUUCACUGCAUUGCCUGUUGCACCGUACGUUCUCCCUGCGCAGACUUACUCAGUUAGUUUGCAAUGUGUUCAGUAGUUUUACAGGGAAAUUUGUUCUGUUAUCAUCCGUUAUUUCUCAGUGUAGUAGAGAUCAAAACCAGCUGAAAGAAAUGUCAUUUGAACUGAAAAUUAUAAUGAAUGUAUGUCUAAAUCAUUUUCUACGUUGCGCCCCACCAAAUUGUGACUUGCCAGACACUCGUUCCUAAUCUUCACAAGUGUAAAAUCAGUGUUCAUAAUUUUCAUAUUUUCUCCCUCCUCUUAAAUGUUGCCCAGUAGAUGAAUUGUGUUUUCUUAACUUAAUUCAAGUUCUCAGCAGGAUUUAUGUGUUUUACAGCAUUAGCUUUAGGAUUAUGUGUUGACUGUAGAUUUUUAUGUAGGUAGCCAAACAAAGAGCAAUCCCAUGAUUAGUUUCUGUGACAGAGGAACAUUCAUUAAUAAUACGGUCCAUAGAACUUGGAAGAAAAGCAUCGAAUUUAUUUAGUCAAUAUCAGCAUUGAGAAUUAGCUCAAACGUGGGUUGGAUUUGGAUUUUUAAAAAGGUCCCCUGUUGUGGUUAUUUAGCGAAAAUGAAUAUCCGGGCAUUUAGUAGAGCUAAAAUAAUUGACAGCCAAUGAGCACAUAUGUUUACAUCAUUUUAGUACCUCUACCUUUCUAGGUCAAAAACAUACUGAGCCGUCUAUUAAAAUACUCUUUUCUUUCUUUUUGUAUCAUCGCCCUUUGAAUUGUCGUACAGUUGUCCUAUAUGGGGGGAAAUCCCAUUGUCUACAUUCAGCGGUUUCCACUGAAACUAAGAAUAUUCCCAUGUUGUAAGGAUUAUGUACUGAAAAAGGACUAAAUGAUGUCUGAAGCAUAUGUUCAGUAGUAGCAUUUCUGAUCAGCCGUCUGACCUGUGUGUAGCUCCUCUUCUUGCAUUGUUGUCAAUGUUAAUGUUCUCCAGAGGGAAUUUCUUUUUUAAACCAAUUAGAGUGAACAAAGGGACAAGAACUGGAUGUGGUGUCAUUGUGUUCAGGGGGAGAUGGAUUUUUUUUAUUUUAUUUUUUCCGUUUUGGUUCUGAUUUGUUGGGACUUGAGGGAGUGCCUUCAGUGUGGGGAAUAUUUUACAGCUCUCCCUUUAACUUAAAGGUUACCUUUUGACAAAAGUAUUGAUAGCACUACAAGGUGAAACUAGAUCCUUCUCAGUAGCUGUGGUUGUCUAGAACAAGCAGCCCAGUUGUAAAUGUGCUGUUUAACUGGAUAUUGCACAGAUCGCUGAUCACUGCAUGAUAGCCGUAGGAACCAUCACUUUAUAUGGGCUUUCGCAAUAACCAGUGAGAUUGAAAUUGCAACUUUAGAGUAUUACUGAAUUAUUAAAAACUGACCUGUUUUCAUAUGUUUGUUACUCCUUCCAGUCACUGGAAAUUGUAAACUGGGACUUGUUUUCUUGAGAAUAAGCAAAAUUGAGUUUUUACAUGAGAUAAACAGUUGU